AUGGAGGUCAAUACAGCCGUUAAUUUUAAAGCACGAUUACAACGUUUAAUAGCUUAUCAAGAUGUUUUUGUACGUAAUAAUCUUUUAGCACAACGAAGUUGUGAUCAAGAAUUUAGUGCUUUUCUUAAAUUUCACAAUGAUCUUCGUCGUAAAUAUGCUGAUUUACGUGCAUAUAGUGAACAAAUGGAUCGAUAUGUUGAACAACAUCGAACAGAACUAGCGCGUAAAGAUAAAAAAAUUCAAUCACAAAGUUCACAAAUUCUUCGUUUAACUCAACAUAAUAAACGUAGUAAUGAACGUUUAAAUGAAUUACAACGUUGUUUAGAUCAAAUUAAAGGUACAAUAACAGGACAAAAUACAUUUGAUCAAUUACGUGAUAUACUUCGAGAUUCUGUUAUGUCAGAUAGUGAAACAACAACAGAUUUAUCAGAUAAGAAUUGUACCGGAGAAGAACUUGACUCAGAAAAUUUACAUAAUUUACCUAAAGUUGUUAGUCAAUCAACAGGUGUUGGUGGUGUAAAACGACCUGUAAAUUCCGUUGAUCCAAUUGAUUUGAAACGUCCAAAACAUGAUGAAUCAUAUCCAAUCGGUCGUAUAAUUGCAACAACAACAACAACAGUUGAUAUGAAUGAUUUAAAUAAUGGACCUGUUGUAAUAACAUCAGAAAUUCAUCAUGAAGACGAACAACAUCGAGCAACACCAAAUAUAGCUGAUCAAUUAGGUGCAUCACCAUAUUCAAAUAUAACCGUUGGAAGAGUUCAAACAGGUCAAUAUUCAUCACCAAUGCGUGUACCAAAUCGUCAUUCAUUAUCAAUACAAAGACCAACACAAAAAGUACGAAAACCAUCAAAACAAUGGCUUGAAAAUAAAUCAGAGGAAUCUGAAUUAAGUACUGAUGAUAUAUUUUGGACAAAACAUGAUGAAGAUCAGCAACAACAACAACAACAAUUUCAAGCUUCAAUUUAUCCGCCAUUACCAAAAUUAACAAGUCCACCAUCACAACAACAAAAGACUCUAACACCAUCAACACCGAUACAACAAAUUACAACACCAACUAGUUUAAUGAAAUCAAGUUCGUCUAGUAUUGGUACAUUACGUGCACGUGCACAUAAUUUUAUAUCAAGAAAUAUUCUUAUACCAGAAACAUGUUGUGUUUGUUUAAAACGAAUUCAUUUUGGUAAAUUAGCUUAUCGUUGUCAAGCAUGUAGUGCUCUGUGUCAUACGGGCUGCAAAGAAAAUUGUUCAACACUUUGUUUACCUAAUAUUAAAACACCAAAUCGUGGUGCUGUAUCGAAAUUUACUUCACGUGAAACAAAUCAAUUACAAGUACCUGCUUUACUUGUACAUUGUAUUAAAGAAAUUGAACAACGAGGUUUACAAGAAGUUGGAAUCUAUCGAUUAAAUGUUGUUGAAGGUCAAGUAAAAGAACUUAAAGAACGUAUACUUAAAUCACGUACAGGUUUAUUUGAUUUAUCACAUUAUAAUGAUAUACAUUUAAUUUGUGGUGUAGUAAAAGAUUUUCUUCGUUCAUUAUCAGAAUCAUUAUUAACAAAUGCAUUAUGGAAAUCAUUUGCAGUUGUUAUUGAUGAAGAAUCAGAUUUUAUUAAACAACAAAAUUUUGAUUCACUUAUACAACAAUUACCUAAACCAAAUCGUGAUACAUUAGCAUUUAUGAUUCUUCAUUUACAACGUGUUGCUGUAUCACCAUUAUGUCGAAUGCCUAUACUUAAUUUAAGUCGAACAAUGGGUCCAGCAAUAAUUGGUUAUUCAUCAAAACAUGUAUCUGGUAUUGAUAUUGUUGGUGAAACAUAUAAACAAACAAAAAUCUUAGAAUUUUUUCUUAAAAUGUCAACUGAUUAUUGGUCAAAAUUUUUGCUUGAAAAUGAUGGUACUGAACCAUCAGCACCAAUUAAUAAUAAACAACAUAUAGGUACACCUAUACUAACACGUCAUCAUCAUUAUCAAAAUACACCUCCGACAACUUAUCCAACACCAGCAAAUACAUUCUUUUCUCCACUUUAA